AUGGCCACGUCAAAACACCAAGGUGAGUGUUAUACCGAUACCCUUCUGUGAGGUAGGCCUACUCUUCCCAUUUCAUUGCAGGCCGACUAUAUGUGCUAUAAAAAAGUGUUCGCAUAAAAUAACAGGUCUCUACCAGGCACAGCCAGAAGAGCCUAUGUUUCUUCAUAGGUUCCUGCCUUCGUAGCCAAGUACUGUAGUUUUAGACUGGGUAGUCUUAUCUGUAAAGCACUUUAUGCCAACUGCUGAUGUAAAACGGCUAUUUAAAGUACAUUUUAUUUAUUAUUUGUAUUAAAGCAAGUAAAGAACUUCCUGAAACAAGUAAAGAACUUCCUGAGACAAGUACAAACAUUCAUUUCCACAAAGAUGAAUAACUUCCCAGAAGUAAGUGUAUGUAAAGCUAUGUGAAGAUAAGUCAAAUCACAUUUUAUUGGUCACAUAUACAUGUUUAGCAGAUGUUAAAUUCGGGUGUACUGAAAUGCUUGUGCUCCUAGCUCCAACAGUGCAGUAAUACACAACAAUACACACAAAUCUAAAAAGUAAAAUAAUUGAAUAAAGAAAUCGCUAUACACAUAUAUACACACACAUGUAUACAGUACCAGUCAUAUAUAUAUAUAUAUAGUACCAGUCAAAAGUUUGGACACACCUACUUAUUCAAGGGUUUUUCUUUAUUUUUACUAUUUUCUACAUUGUAGAAUAAUAGUGAAGACAUCAAAACUAUGAAAUAACAUAUAUGGAAUCAUGUAGUAACCAAUAAAGUGUUAAUCAAAUCAAAAAUAUAUUUUAUAUUUGAGAUUCUUCAAAUAGCCACCCUUUGCCUUGAUGACAGCUUUGCACACUCUUGGCAUUCUCUCAACCAGCUUCAUGAGGAAUGCUUUUCCAACAGUCUUGAAGGAGUUUCCACAUAUGCUGAGCACUUGUUGGCUGCUUUUCCUUCACUCUGCGGUCCAACUCAUCCCAAACCAUCUCAAUUGUGUUGAGGUCGGGUGAUUGUGGAGGCCAGGUCAUCUGAUGCAGCACUCCAUCACUCUCCUUGGUCAAAUAGCCCUUACAUAGCCUGGAGGUGUGUUUUGGGUCAUUGUCCUGUUGAAAAACAAAUUAUAGUUCCACUAAGCGCAAACCAGAUGGGAUGGCGUAUCGCUGCAGAAUGCUGUGGUAGCCAUGCUGGUUAAGUGUGCCUUGAAUUCUAAAUAAAUCACAAACAGUGUUACAGCAAAGCACCCCCACACCAUCACACCUCCUCCUCCAUGCGUCACAGUGGGAACCACACAUGCAGAGAUCAUCCGUUCACCUACUCUGCGUCUCACAAAGACACGGAUGUUGGAACUAAAAAUCUCAAAUUUGGACUCAUCAGACCAAAGGACAGAUUUCCACUGGUCUAAUGUCCAUUGCUCGUGUUUCGUGGCCCAAGCAAGUCUCUUCUUCUUAUUGGUGUCCUUUAGGGGUGGUUUCUUUGCAGCAAUUCGACCAUGAAGGCCUGAUUCACGCAGUCUCCUCUGAACAGUUGAUGUUGAGAUGUGUCUGUUACUUAAACUCUGUGAAGCAUUAUUUUGGGCUGCAAUUUCUGAGGCUGGUAACUCUAAUGAACGUGUCCUCUGCAGCAGUGGUAACUCUGGGUCUUCCUUUCCUGUGGUGGUCCUCAUAAGAGUCAGUUUCAUCAUAGUGCAUGAUGGUUUUUGCGACUGCACUUGAAGAAACUUUCAAAGUUAUUGAAAUGUUCCGUAUUGACUGACCUUCAUGUCUUAAAGUAAUGAUGUACUGUCGUUUCUCUUUGCUUAUUUGAACUGUUCUUGCCAUAAUAUGGACUUGGUCUUUUACCAAAUAGGGCUAUCUUCCGUAUACCACCCCUACCUAGUCACAACAUAACUGAUUGGAUACAGAUGAGUCGACCUACAGUUUUAUUACGCGAUUGCAGGAGAAGAGCCAGAUCGUAUUAGGCAUUGCAAGUGAAGGAACGAGACGGCGAUUGCUACGAGAACUGGGUUUUUGGCUUACCAGAGGCUGUGGAAAUAUGCAGUGUAGCUGAGGUUACUGAGAAACGCAUGAGGACGAUAGAUGGAAUACAAGUGGAUACAGUGAAUGCAGCAGAGAGACAGCAGAGGUACAAACCACAGGAGAGCACACCCAUGAGAGGUCAGGUGACAUUACAUAACAAAAACUGUACAUACUGUGGUAACAAUCACAAGCUGGGUGGAGAGCAAUGCCCAGCUUAUGGCAAAACAUGCAGGUCCUGUGGUGUUGCAAAUCAUUUUGCCAAGGUGUGUCAGGCAGGGGACAGAUCAGGCAGAGUAAAGAAAGUGCAUGUUGUGGAGGAUAAUAUAUAUACAGAGAGAGGGAGGCUCUGACAAUGAGGAACUGGUCUACACCACGGAAUUGAUCAGCACAGCUCACUCUCAGGGACAGAAAUGGUUGGUGCAGCUAAGAUUGAAUAAUAAAAGACAAGAAUGCCAGCUCGACACCGGGGCAACAUGCAAGAGAGUGAAAGAGAGAAUAUCACCAAAUACCCCACUACAGGCAAGCAACACACUACUGAAGCUAUACUCGGGAGAGUUAAUGAGAUCAAUGGGGCGAUAUCACACAGACUGUGUCAUUAAGGGAGUUAAGCACAAGCUAGUGUUUGAAGUUGUGGAGAUGGACCAAAAUCCAUUACUCUCUGGUUCUACGUGUGAGCGCUUAGGACUCAUGACUGUCAAAAUACCAGCGGAGCUAAACAAAGUGGAGCAGUGCCUCAAAGGACCUUUAACCAAAGAACAGCUGCUGAGUGCAGUUAUGACGUUUUCAACGAUCCAGUGGAGUCUGUGCCAGGAGAUGUCCACUUCGUACUGGACCCAAGUUGCACCACUGUACAAUGUGCACCACAGAAUGUGCCUGUAGCCUUGAAGGCACAAGUGAAAGCCCAACUGGAGAAAUAUGAACGUGAUGGACAUAUUACCCCAGUGACUGAGCCGACACCCUGGAUAAGCUACAUAGUUGUAGUUGCCAAGCCAGAAAACAUCAGAUCAUGUAUGGACCCCAAACCCUUUAAUCUAGCACUGAAAAGGUCUCAAUACCUUAUGCCAACAUUAGAGGAUGUGUUGUACAAACUGCCUAAGGCACGCGUAUUUGCGCUGGUGGAUGUUCGAGAUGCCUUUCUCCAGUGUAAACUUGAUGAGGACAGCAGCAGGAUAAUGAUGUUCUGGACGCCAUGGGGGAGGAUGAGAUGGCUGAAACUUCCCUUUGGGGUGUCCGUGGUCCCUGAGAUUUAUCAACGUAAGCAACAUGAACUGCUGGGGGACCUCAGAGCCAUCGAUGCCGUGACUCCAAUGAAGAGGCGGAGCGUGACCACAACAACAAUCUGCACGCACUGAUGGAGCGGUGCAGGGAGGUGAGACUCCGGCUCAGUGUGCAAAAGCUGUAGUUCAAGCUGAAAGCAGUUCAGUUUCAUGGACACAUACUAUCCUCCGAGGGACUGAGAAUAGACCCAGAGAAGACCAGGGCUAAACUGGACAUGCGGACACCCACUGAUGCCAAGUUUAAUUGGAUUUGUGACAUACCUGGCCAAGUUCCUGCCCAAGCUGUCUGAGGUGUGUGAUCCACUUCGCCGGCUCCUGGACAAAAACAGUGUGUGGCACUGGCUGCCUAAACAUGAACAAGCUGUACAGGAAAUAAAGCUCCUGGUGUCUGUCACGCCUGUUCUGAGGUACUACGACGUCUUGAAACCGGUCACUGUGCAAAGUGACGCAAGCAAGAAUGGAUUAGGGUGCUGCCUAAUGCAACACGGACAGCCCGUGGCGUUUGCUUCGCGAUCAUGGACGCCAACAGAGCAAAACUACGCUCAAAUAGAAAAGGAAUGUUUGAGUAUUGUAUUUGCUUGCCAGAGAUUUCAUCAAUAUCUGUAUGGCAGAGUUAAUUACAGCUGAGACGGAUCAUAAGCCAAUCGCAAUCUUCAAGAAGCAGCUCCUCUGUGCCCCUAAGCGUCUCCAAGGUAUGUUAAUGCAGCUGCAAAACUACAACUUGGGUGUCCUCUACAAGCUUGGGCCGGAAAUGUACAUCAGCAACGCUCUGAGCAGAGCAACAACACAAGGCAGGGGGACAGAUGCACCACACACACAGCACACUGUGUGCAACGUAAAAAGUUAGCAGGCUGCAUUCACACACAUUGACCAGGCACAGCAUCUCAAUGUUACAAACCACAGGUUCCGUCAGAUUUUACAGUACACUGAGGUCAAGUCAGUUGUUCUCUCAGGAUGGCCAGCUGUGAAAGAGGACACCUCUCUGAGUGUAAGAGAUUAUUGGUCCUUUCGUGAUGAAAUCAACGUGCAAAACGGGGCACUGAGGGCGGAAAUGCUAGCCGCAUACAUGCUAGCCACAUUGGCGGGAAGGCACGCUAUAGACAAGCAAGGGGCACACAUUUCUGGCCGAACAUGAGAGGGAAAAUCAAGGACUAUAUAUCAAAUCAAAUUUUAUUUGUCACAUGCGCCGAAAACAACAGGUGUAGACCUUACAGUGAAAUGCUUACUUACAAGCCCUUAACCAACAAUGCAGUUUUAAGAAAGAAUACCCAAAAAAUAAAAAUACAAUAUAAAAUAAUACAAAAUAAAAGUAACAAAUAAUUAAAGAGCAGCAGUAAAAAUAACAAUAGCGAGGCUAUAUACAGGGGGUACAGGUACCGAGUCAAUGUGCGGGGGCACCGGUUAGUCGAGGUAAUUGGGGUAAUAUGUACAUGUAGGUAGAGUUAUUAAAGUGACUAUGCAUAGAUAAUAAACAGAGAGUAACAGCAGCGUAAAAGAGGGGUGGAGGGAAAUACAAAUAGUCUGGGUAGCCAUUUGAUUAUAUGUUCAGGAGUCUUAUGGCUUGGGGGUAGAAGCUGUUUAGAAGCCUCUUGGACCUAGACUUGGCGCUCCGGUACCGCUUGCCGUGCGGUAGCAGAGAGAACAGUCUAUGACUAGGGUGGCUGGAGUCUUUGACAAUUUUUAGGGCCUUCCUCUAUACCAGGCGGUGUCAGAGGAAGGCCCUAAAAAUUGUCAAAGACUCCAGCCACCCUAGUCAUAGACUGUUCUCUCUGCUACCGCACGGCAAGCGGUACCGGAUGGCAGGAAGCUUGGCCCCAGUGAUGUACUGGGCCGUACGCACUACCCUCUGUAGUGCCUUGUGGUCGGAGGCCGAGCAGUUGCCAUACCAGGCAGUGAUGCAACCAGUCAGGAUGCUCUCGAUGGUGCAGCUGUAGAACCUUUUGAGGAUCUGAGGACCCAUGCCAAAUCUUUUCAGUCUCCUUAGGGGGAAUAGGUUUUGUCGUACCCUCUUCACGACUGUCUUGGUUUGCUUGGACCAUGUUAGUUUGUUGGUGAUGUGGACACCAAGGAACUUGAAGCUCUCAACCUGCUCCACUACAGCCCCGUAGAUGAGAAUGGGGGCGUGCUCGGUACUCUUCUUUUUCCUGUAGUCCACAAUCAUCUCCUUUGUCUUGAUCACGUUGAGGGAGAGGUUGUUGUCCUGGCACCACACGGCCAGGUCUCUGACCACCUCCCUAUAGGCUGUCUCGUCGUCGUUGGUGAUCAGGCCUACCACUGUUUUGCCAUUGGCAAACUUAAUGAUGAUGUUGGAGUCGUGCCUGGCCAUGCAGUCAUGAGUGAACAGGGAGUACAGGAGGGGACUGAGCAUGCACCCCUGAGGGGCCCCCGUGUUGAGGAUCAGCGUGGCGGAUGUGUUGUUACCUACCCUUACCACAUGGGGGCGGCCCGUCAGGAAGUCCAGGAUACAGUUGCAGAGGGAGGUGUUUAGUCCCAAGGUCCUUAGCUUAGUGAUGAGCUUUGAGGGCACUUUGGUGUUGAACGCUGAGCAGUAGUCAAUGAAUAGCAUUCUCACAUAGGUGUUCCUAUUGUCCAGGUGUGAAAGGGCAGUGUGUAGGGCAAUAGAGAUUGCAUCAUCUGUGGAUCUGUUGGGGCUAUAUGCAAAUUGGAGUGGGUCUAGGGUUUCUGGGAUAAUGGUGUUGAUGUGAGCCAUGACCAGCCUUUCAAAGCACUUCAUGGCUACAGACGUGAGUGCUAUGGGUCAGUAGUCAUUUAGGCAGGUUACCUUAGUGUUCUUGGGCACAGGGACUAUGGUUGUCUGCUUUAAACAUGUUGGUAUUACAGACUCAGACAGGGAGAGGUUGAAAAUGUCAGUGAAGACACUUGCCAGUUGGUCAGCGCAUGCUCAGAGUCCUUGUAAUCCGUCUGGUCUUACUCACAUCGGCAAUGGAGAGCGUGAUCACACAGUCAUCCAGAACAGCUGGUACUCUCAUGCAUGUUUCAGUGUUACUUGCCUCGAAGCGAGCAUAGAAGUAAUUUAGCUGGUCUCGUAGGCUCGUGUCACUGGGCAGCUCGCGGCUGUGCUUCCCUUUGUAGUCUGUAAUAGUUUGCAAGCCCUGCCACAUCCGACGAGCGUCGGAGCCGGUGUAGUACGAUUCGAUCUUAGUCCUGUAUUGACGCUUUGCCUGUUUGAUGGUUCGUCGGAGGGCAUAGCGAGAUUUCUUAUAAGCUUCCGGGUUAGAGUCCCGCUCCUUGAAAGCGGCAGCUCUACCCUUUAGCUCAGUGCAGAUGUUGCCUGUAAUCCAUGACUUCUGGUUGGGGUAUGUACGUACAGUCACUGUGGGGACAACGUCAUUGAUGCACUUAUUGAUGAAGCCAGUGACUGAUGUGGUGUACUCCUCAAUGCCAUCGGAAGAAUCCCGGAACAUAUUCCAGUCUGUACUAGCAAAACAGUCCUGUAGCUUAGCAUCUGCUUCAUCUGACCACUUUUUUAUUGACCGAGUCACUGGUGCUUCCUGCUUUAGUUUUUGCCUGUAAGCAGGAAUCAUGAGGAUAUAAUUAUGGUCAGAUUUUCCAAAUGGAGGGCGAGGGAGAGCUUUGUAUGCGUCUCUGUGUGUGGAGUAAAGGUGGUCUAUAGUUUUUUCCCUCUGGUUGCACAUUUAACAUGCUGGUAGAAAUUAGGUAAAACGGAUUUAAGUUUCCCUGCAUUAAAGUCCCCGGCCACUAGGAGCGCCGCCUCUGGAUGAGCUUUUUCCUGUUUGCGUAUGGCCGUAUACAGUUCAUUGAGUGUGGUCUUAGUGCCAGCAUCGGUUUGUGGUGGUAAAUAGACAGUUACGAAAAAUAUAGAUAAACUCUCUUGGUAGAUAGUGUGGACUACAGUUUAUCAUGAGAUAUUCUACCUCAGGCGAGCAAAACUUUGAGACUUCCUUACAUAUCGUGCACCAGCUGUUGUUUACAAAUAUACAUAGACCGCCACCUCUUAUCUUACCAGAGGCUGCCGUUCUUUCCUGCCGAUACAGUGUAUAACCCGCCAGCUGUAUGUUAUUCAUGUCAUCGUUCGGCCACGACUCGGUGAAACAUAAGAUAUUACAGUUUUUUAUGUCCCGUUGGUAGGAUGUUCGUGCCUGUAGUUUGUCCAUUUUAUUAUCAAGCGAUUGUAAAUUGGCCAAUAGUAUAUCGAUGGCUAAGGCAGAUUAGCCACUCGUCGCCGGCUCCUUACCAAGCACCCCGAUCUCCUUCCGCUAUAUCUUAUUUUCUUUCUACUGCGAAUGACGGGGAUGAGGGCUCUGUCGGGUGUCUGGAGCAAAUCCCUCUCGUCCGACUCAUAAAAUAAAAAGUAUUCCUCCAAUUCAAAGUGAGUAAUCGCUGUUCUGAUGUCCAGAAGCUCUUUUCGGUCAUAAGAGAUGGUAGCAGCAACAUUAUGUACAAAAUAAGUUUAAAACAAUGCGAAAAAACACACAAAAUAGCACGGUUGGUUAAGAGUCCAUAAAACGGCAGCCAUCCCCUCCGGCGCCAUUCCAACUGCUCAGCCUGUAAUGAAUAUGCACGAGCAAAGCAAAAUGAAUCAAUGAUGUCACAUGACAUCCCAGAGCGCCCAUGGCAAACAGUGAGCAUGGACCUUUUUGCCUAUGCAGGGAAGGACUUCCUGAUCAUGGUUGAUCAUUACUCAGAUUACUGGGAGGUGGAGCCACUACCAGACGUAUCAGCUGACACGGUCAUCACACGCUGCAAAGUCCAGUGGGAAACCAGACUGUGUAAUCACAGACAAUGGGGGGUGCUAUGAUUCAGCCAGAUUCAUACAAUUUGCAGAGGAGUGGGGAUGCACUCAUAUCACCUUGUCCCCUCACCAUCCACAAGCCAAUGGAAAGGCACAGUCAGCUGUCAAGAUGGUGAAAGGCUUAUGCAAAAGGGCCAAGCUAGACGGUACGGACUUGGUCAGCUAUACUGCAGUGGCACAACACGCCCACUGAGGGGAUGGACAGUAGCCCCGCACAGCGUCUCGUGUCACGCAGACUCAAGUCAUCGCUGCCGGCGGCACCAAGCCUGCUGCAGCCCUCUGUGGUUGUGGGUGUCACUGAGAAACUCAGAAAAUGAGGAUUGCCUAAUCACACUAUGAGGUGGCCACCAGAGACCUCCCUGACUUGAACGUUGGAGAUCAGAAUGCGACCAUUACCAGGUGACCGGACAGGACGGUGGCGGCUCGGUUUCUGUCUGAAGAGGGUCGCUCCCCGGUCGUUUCUUGUGGACGUCGAUGGCACACUCUACAGACGCAACAGAGUGGACCCUCGAGUGGCAGAACAGGCCGCACAAGGAUGAAACUCAUUCAACGCCACAGCAUGAGAAAUUGGAGCGUGGUCAGCCAGACCCAGACAGGGCAGUGGGAACUGGAAAGUCUGGAAAUGAGGCUGAGAAGUUGAAGGACUGUGGGGAGGGGCAUAUGGGUGAGUCACAUAACACACAGGCAUAUGUGCCAAAAGCACACCUGCACCACAAAUAGACACUGAAAUACCCGCUGUGCAUCUGCGUAGUGUCUGUCAUGACCACCCAAAAUACUAAAUCUAUAAGUGACAGGUUUCACUGACCUAAAGCCGAUGGGUUAUGGACGAGAGACUUUGGGGCGGACACACAGUUUUACUAUUGUAGAAGUAUCAAGUUGUAUUGCAUUGUGUAAAAAAAAAAAAAAAAAAAAGGCAAGAACAAUUAUAUUUUCAGUUCAUCAUUGUAGGCAACGAUGUUGGGUCUAUUUGUUAACUGUUGUGGUUCAAAACGUAAACAUUGAAAGGAAAAGAGAUGUUAUAUGUAAGGCUUGGAUGCCACCUGCUGGUAUGGUGCUAAACUGUUAGGUUAUAGACCGGAUGCAAAUUGUUCUACGCACGGGAUAUGGAAGUUCUUAGACGCUGGCUAAGGCACUGUUGGCUUCUUCAAUAAAACUACAUGAAAGGAGCAACAAUAGCUCAGCCGCGAAGUGGUAGGCCACACAAGCUCACAGAAUGGGACCGCCGAGUGCUGAAGUGCUCAGCAGCGCCCAGAAGAGUGGAGGCUGUUAUAGCGGCAAAGGGGGGACCAACUCCAUAUUAAUGCCCAUGAUUUUGGAAUGAGAUGUUUGACAAGCAGGUGUCCACAUACUUUUGGUCAUGUAGUGUAUCCUGCUCAUCGAACAUCUCAUUCCAAAAUCAUGGCCAUUAAUAUGGAGUUGGUCACCCUUUGCUGCUGUAACAGCCUCCACUCUUCUGGGCGCUGCUGAGCACUUCAGCAGCGUUGAAUGAGCACUGCUGUGGCGUUGAAUGAGUUUCAUCCUUGUGCGGCCUAUUUGUUUAACACAAUAGUGAAGACAUCAAAACUAUGAAAUAACACAUAUGGAAUCAUGUAGUAACCAAAAAAGUGUUAAACAAAUAAAAAUAUAUUUCAUAUUUAGAUUCUUCAAUGUAGCCACGUGUUAUUUCAUAGUUUUGAUGUCUUCACUAUUAUUCUACAAUGUAGAAAAUAGUAAAAAUAAAGAAAAACCCUGGAAUGAGUAGGUGUGUCCAAACUUUUGACUGGUACUGUGUAUAUAUAUAUAUAUAUAUAUAUAUAUAUAUAUAUCAAAAUAUAUUUUAUAUUUGAGAUUCUUCAAAUAGCCACCCUUUGCCUUGAUGACAGCUUUGCACACUCUUGGCAUUCUCUCAAACAGCUUCAGCUGGAAUGCUUUUCCAACAGUCUUGAAGGAGUUCCCACAUAUGCUGAGCACUUGUUGGCUGCUUUUCCUUCACUCUGCCGUCCGACUCAUCCCAAACCAUCUCAAUUGGGUUGAGGUCGGGUGAUUGUGGAGGCCAGGUCAUCUAAUGCAGCACUCCAUCACUCUCUUUCUUGGUAAAAUAGCCCUUACACAGCCUGGAGGUGUGUUGGGUCAUUGUCCUGUUGAAAAACAAAUGAUAGUCCCACUAAGCCCAAACCAGAUGGGAUGGCGUAUCGCUGCAGAAUGCUGUGGUAGCCAUGCUGGUUAAGUGUGCCUUGAAUUCUAAAUAAAUCACAGACAGUAUCACCAGCAAAAAUCUCCAAUUUGGACUCCAGACCAAAGGACACAUUUCCACCGGUCUAAUGUCAAUUUCUCGUGUUUCUUGGCCCAAGCAGGUCUCUUCUUCUUAUUGGUGUCCUUUAGUAGUGGUUUAUUUGCAGCAAUUCGACCAUGAAGGCCUGAUUCACACAGUCUCCUCUGAACAGUUGAUGUUGAGAUGUGUCUGUGACUUGAACUCUGAAGCAUUUAUUUGGGCUGCAAUUUCUGAGGCUGGUAACUCUAAUGAACUUAUUCUCUGCAGCAGAGGUAAAUCUGGGUCUUCCAUUCCUGUGGCGGGCCUCAUGAGAGCCCGUUUCAUCAUAGUGCUUGAUGGUUUUUGCGACUGCACAUGAAGAAACUUUAAAAGUUCUUGAAAGUUUCCGUAUUGACUGACCUUCAUGUCUUAAAGUAAUGAUGGACUGUCGUUUCUCUUUGCUUAUUUGAGCUGUUCUUGCCAUAAUAUGGACUUGGUCUUUUACCAAAUAGGGCUAUCUUCUGUAUACCCCCCUUACCUUGUCACAACACAACUGAUUGGCUCCAAUGCAUUAAGAAGGAAAGAAAUUCCACAAAUUAACUUUUAACAAGGCACAACUGUUAAUUGAAAUGCAUUCCAGGUGACUACCUCAUGAAUCUGGUUGAGAGAAUGCCAAGAGUGUGCAAAGCUGUCAUCAAGGCAAAGGGUGGCUAUUUGAAGAAUCUCAAAUAUAAAAUAUAUUUUGAUUUGUUUAACACUUUUUUUGGUUACUACAUGAUUCCAUAGUUUUGAUGUCUUCUAUUAUUCUACAAUGUAAAAAUAAAGAAAAACUCUCAAAUGAGUUUGUGUAUCCAUACUUUUGACUGAUAGUGUAUGUAUAUGUAAUACGUAGGAUAGAAUAGUAUAUGUACAGCAAUAGUUAAAUAGGAUAGGCCUUGACUAGAAUACAUUAUAUACAUGUAAAGUGGGUAAAACAGUAUGUAAACAUUAUUAAAGUGAACAGUGCAUUCGGAAAGUAUUCAGACUCCUUGACUUUUUCCACAUUUUGUUACGUUACAGCCUUAUUCUAAAAUUGAUUUUUUUUAAAUUAUCCCCUCAUCAAUCUACACAUAAAAAAUUGAAAUAUUACAUUUACAUAAGUAUUCAGACCCUUUACUCAGUACUUUGUUGAAGCACCUUUGGCAGCGAUUACAGCCUCGAGUCUUCUUGGGUAUGAUGCUACAAGCUUGGCACACCUGUAUUUGGGGAGUUUCUCCCAUUCUUCUCCUCAGAUCCUCUCAAGCUCUGUCAGGUUGGAUGGCGUGCGUCGCUGCACAGCUAUUUUCAGGUCUCUCCAGAGAUGUUCGAUCGAGUUCAAGUCCGGGCUCUGGCUGGGCCACUCAAGGAUAUUCAGAGACUUGUCCCGAAGCCACUCCUGGCUGUGUGCUUAGGGUCGUUGUCCUGUUGGAAGGUGAACCUUCACCCCAGUCUAAGGUCCUGAGCGCUCUGGAGCAGGUUUUCAUCAAGGAUCUCUCUAUACUUUGCUCUGUUCAUCUUUCCUUCAAACUUUACUAGUCUCCCAGUCCCUGACGCUGAAAAACAUCCCCACAGCAUGAUGCUGCCACCAUCAUGCUUCACCGUAGGGAUGGUGCCAGAUUUCUUCCAAACGUGAAGCUUGGCAUUCAGGCCAAAGAGUUCAAUCUUGGUUUCAUCAGACCAGAGAAUCUUGUUUCUCAUGGUCUGAGAGUCCUUUAGGUGCCUUUUGGCAGACUCCAAGCGGGCUGUCAUGUGCCUUUUACUGAGGAGUGUGUUCUGUCUGGCCACUCUACCAUAAAGGCCUGAUUUGGUGGAGUGCUGCAGAGAAGGUGUCCUUCUGGAAGGUUCUCCCAUCUCCACAGAGGAACUCUCGAGCUCUGUCAGAGUGACCAUCGGGUUCUUGGUCACCUCCCUUACCAAGGCCCUUCUCCCUCGAUUGCUCAGUUUUGCCAGGCAGCCAGCUCUAGGAAGUCUUGGUGGUUCCAAACUUCUUCCAUUUAAGAAUGAUGGAGGCCACUGUGUUCUUGGGGACUUUCAAUGCUGCAGAAAUGUUUUUGUACCCUUCCCCAGAUCUGGGCCUUGACACAAUCCUGUCUCGAAGCUCUACGGACAAUUCCUUCAACCUCAUGGCUUGGUUUUUGCUCUGACACGCACUGUCAAUGUGGGACUUUAUAUAGACAGGUGUAUGCCUUUCCAAAUCAUGUCCAGUCAAUUGAAUUUACCACAGGUGGACUCCCAAGUUUUAGAAACAUCUCAACAAUGAUCAGUGGAAACAGGAUGCACCUGAGCUCAAUUUCGAGUCUCAUAGCAAAGGGUCUGAAUACUUAUGUAAAUAAGGUAUUUGUUUUUUAUUUGUUAUACAUUUCCUAAAUUUUCUAAAAACCUGUUUUUGCUUUGUCAUUAUGGGGUAUUGUGUGUAGAUUGAUGAGAAUACGGCUGUAACGUAACAAAGUGGAAAAGGUAAAGGGGUCUGAAUACUUACGAAUGCACUGUAUAUAGGGCAGCAGCCUCUAAGGUGCAGGGUUGAGUAACCGGGUGGUAGCUGGCUAGUGACAGUGACUAAAGUUCAGGGCAGGGUACUGUACUGGGUGGAGGCUGGCUUGUGGUGACUAUUUGACAGUCUGAUGGCUUUGAGAUAGAAGCUGUUUUAGCAGCUUAAGAAGGCAGUCCCACGGUUUCAGCUUUGAUGCACCUGUACUGACCACCCGCUACCAUCCAGAAGGCGAGAACAGGCCAUGGCUCGGGUGGCUGAGGUCCUUGAGGAAAAUAAAUAAAGCUAAUCAAAUGAUAAUGUACUUAAAUAUCUGGAUGGUUGAUUUUUUUUGUUUAUUCAUGGAUGGGUUCAUUCCUAGAAUCACUUGCUUACUGGAUAGAUACAUUGCCUGGUGAAUUCAAUCCUUUACUUAUUUAUUAUGUGACUUGACUUCAGAUACUCUGACGGAAUGCUUGAGUUGCAGCCAUCUUAAGGUGAGAGGACAAAAUGUUGAUAUUAUUAUGACAAAUCUACUUAUUCUACACUCACGGCUCAUAACUGUUGUUGCAAUAAUUGCCAAAUAUUUUAGAAAGAUUAAUCUGAAGGUUUUACCAUAUUUGGUUGCUCAAUCUUGAACAGACCGCAGAAAUUUGGAUUGAGCGUGAGCCCUUAGUGUCUACAGAAAAUGAGAUUUCAAUCUACAGGUAAACACCUUGGACUUACUUUCCCCUACCUCAAUCAUUAGCACCUGUCACGAACAAAUCCUGAUAAACUGAAUUACUGAAUCCUCUGUUCAUUUAAUGUUUUGGUUACCUAAUUUGCAUUCCCUUCUUCCAGACUUGAAUCUAUUGCAGGGCGUUAUGAGUGCAGAGUAUCAGGGCUGCGCUGGGUAUGUGAGAGCAAAGUCACACUUCAGUACCACUUCAGCUCUUGGGACCCUCACAGGGCAGUGCUACAAAGCAUGGGGUACAGGCAAGGAGGCCCCCUACUGGACAUCAAAAUCAUUGAAGGAAAACUGGAAGAAGUGCAUCUGCCACAUUUUGCCUGUUUUGGUGAAUGUAUGGAUGUCAGCUAUACUGAACAAGACAUUGUUUUAUUGACCUGGGAAUUCUCAAUACAUUUUAAAAUAAAUGUUUUAAUCAAACUGAUAUUAAUGCAAAUGUUCUGGUUUGUGUCCAUUUUAGGGGUUGGAGAUCGUUAUGAUCCCUCCAUAAAGCAGAAAGUGAGAGUUCUUAAUGUAGCAGACCGAGGCGUGUCCAUAGAACAAGUGGAUAAGGUCACCCGCUUCCACGUCAAGAUUCUCCAUCCAUCUUUCUCUCUGAGGGGUGUUAUCCUGCAGGCAUUAGGGUGUUCCGUGCACUGUGACUUGCAGAUUUAUCGGGCCAGGACAGCACACCUCACGCUACGUGCUUAUCUGAUGCCAUGUGAUCCUGCAUUAACACAGGUUAUUAAGGCUAACUCUGUUCCUCUUCCUCAUUGUUACUUCCAUAUAAAGUAUUUAUUCAACCAGGAUGGUCCUCUCAGCAACAAUUGCCAGUGAUUCAAAAAAACAUCAAAACACUCCAAAUCAGAUCAGACAAACAUAAAACAAUCAGACACCCUGAUCAAGGCAUUAGCCAAGACGUGUUGGUGUAUUUGAAUGACUUAGCCCACACAUUUAAAGGCUUUUUAACGUUCAAACCCACACGUGCCUGGACUUUGAUUUUUUAUGACACUUGGCACCCAUUUGUAGUGAUAGUUUUUCCUUUUUCUUGUCUAACCUAAAACAAUGUUGAGAACAAAUGGUCAUUGGAAGUAUACAGUACAAUACACAGUGAUGGAUGUGUUUGCUUGUUCUACAGGCAGUGGAGAAACAGGAGAAGUGUCAUGGAUCCACAAGGAUCCUAAAACCAAGACCAGAGAAGUCACAAUGGUUGACUAGUGAUUUUUACCUCACGACAUCGUGUCCUUCUGAUGUUAACCCUCGUGUACGGUUUGAACUUGUAUAGAACAUUAAUUAAAUCCAAAACAUUGCACAUGCCCAGAACCCCCCACCCCCCCAAAUAAUCACUAAUUUCAGCGAACUUCAAGAAACUGUAUGUUCCAUGUUUGUUAGACUAACACUAUCUAUCUAUUGUCUCAGAGAUUGGAGCUCGCACAUGUUGACCCACCAUACUUCUUUGAGGUGUUUAUAAGAGACGCAGAUUUUGACUUCAGUCUGAACCUAAGCUGUAAAAGUCGUAAACAAACCAUAUGGAAGCAUGAAAUACGAGAAGGUCAGAAAAGAUCCAUUGACUUAGUAAUCAUAAAUGUCAAAUAUAGUUUAAGGCCGGGAUUCCUCAGGCGAGUUGCACGCUGCACUACAGACAAUGCACCUUUUAAAGGCAUAUUCCUUUACAUUCAUGGAGAUCGCAUUCAUGGUAAACACUGCCGAUAUCAGCUCAAUCGUAAACUACCUUUAAAAGUAAAGUGUAAUGCACUUGUCAAUACUGCGCCUUUGAUUGAAUCCCGUCCUAGAAAUGUGUUUAAUGUCAUGUCAUAAGAAAAGGCAAAGUAAUUGUAUCAGUUUCCUUUUAUAGCUGAAUACACGGGUCCCAUCUUGACCUCAGACCAGCACUUUGUGGACCUCCACCAGACAGCCCUUAUUGACAGAGUGAGUCAGGUCGAUCCCAUCUUGGACAGACUCCUGAAGAGUGGAGUCAUCACUGCUGAUGGCUACAGUGACGUGAUAGCUGAAAAUAACAACCAGAAGAAGAUGAGGGAGCUCUUUGAUGGGCCCUUAAAAGGAUGUGGCCCCGAAGGUAAAGAUCGGUUCUUAGAGAUCCUGACAGAGAUGGAGCCAAACCUAAUCAAUCACCUGAAGCGGGAAUGA